AUGCAAGUAUCGUUAUUGAAAAGUUGUACAGUGUUGUGUCAAAUCGCUCGAAGAAUUGCUGCUGUGCAAAGGCCUCCCCGAGCUCAAUAUGCCUAUCUUGAAGAUAGUGAUUUGCGCAAAUUUGAUACUCUCCUUGGCAGCAAAAAUGUUCAAAUUCAUGAUUUAGAUCCAUUCAAUUGUGUUCUUUUCCCAUCAAACUACGAUCAGGUAUCGCAAAUCGUAAGUCACUGCUAUUCUCGAAAUUUAGCGGUUGUACCUCAAAGCGGGAAUACAGGUUUAGUUGGUGGAUCGGUACCAGUUUAUGAUGAAGUAAUUGUAUCAUUAAAGAAACUUAAUAAACGAUUCAUUUUCAAUCCCGAUUCGGGUGUUCUGGAUUGUGAUGCUGGAUUCGUUCUUGAGGAAGUGGAUACUCGUUUAUCUGCUUGUGGAUAUAUGAUGCCUUGGGACCUUGGCUCACGAGGAUCUUGCUUAAUAGGUGGAAAUAUUUCAACAUGCGUUGGUGGAAUAAGGCAUUUACGCUUUGGUUCUCUACAUGAUCACAUUUUAGGCUUAGAUGUUGUCUUGGCAGAUAAGAAUGGUUCAGUUGUUAAUUUUGGAUCGGUUUUACAAAAAGACAAUUCAUCUUUGCAUACCCAUCAUAUUUUUAUUGGAGCGGAGGGACAAUUAGGUAUAAUUGUUGGCGCAAAAAUACACGCAGCACCUCGGCCAACUGUAACGCAAGUGAUGAUGUUGGAUUCAGAAAGUUGUCUGAAAAUCUUACGUUUAGCUAGAGGACACUUAUGUGAAAUUCUUUCUGCAGUAGAGUUGAUGGAUUUAGAAUGUAUGCGUUGUCUUUGGGAAAAAAAGCAGAUGAAAAGCGUUCUGACAACAAAUCCAGCAUUUACAAUACUAAUUGAAACAAUGGGUACGAAUGAAGCGCAUGAUAAAGAAAAAGCAGAGCAAUUUUUAGCUAAAGUUGUCGAUCAAGGAAUAUGUUCGGAUGGUGUGCAAGCAGAAAAUUCCCAAGAAGCUGCUUAUAUGUGGAAAUUACGGAAAACUAUACCAAUAGCGACGAUGCAAGACAGUUAUGUAUAUAAAUGCGACAUCUCUUUACCAAUGGAACACUUUUUUGUUUUAUCUGAUGUGAUACGGCAGCGUAUUAAGGACUUAGCGCAGCGAAUUUGUAUUUUUGGCCAUUUUGCGGAAAGCGAUUUACAUUUAAAUGUUGUAUGCGAUACUUAUUCUCCGGAAGUUACUGCAAGCUUGUAUCCUUUCAUUUGGAACUGGGUGAAGGAACGUGGUGGAAGCAACAGUUCAGAACAUGGUGUCGGACAAGAACUAAGGUCAUGUCUCGAGCUUGAUAAAAAUUACGAGAUAGCAAAGCAAAUUAAAAAAGUCUUUGACCCACGUGGAAUCCUUUCACCAUACAAAAUGUUUUAA